CGCCGAAGCAUCCAGAAGAACAUGGUGUACACGUGUCACCGGGACAAGAACUGCAUUAUCAACAAGGUGACGAGAAACCGCUGUCAGUACUGCCGCCUGCAGAAGUGCUUCGGAGUGGGAAUGUCCAAAGAGUCUGUUCGAAAUGACCGGAAUAAGAAAAAGAAGGAGAGCCCAAAGCCCGAGCUGGCAGAGAGUUACGAGCUGACAGCCGAGCAGGAGAACAUCAUUGAAAAGAUCCGUAAGGCCCAUCAAGAAACCUUCCCCUCCCUCUGCCAGCUUGGCAAAUACACCACGAACUCGAGUGCAGACCACCGUGUGAGGCUGGACCUGGGCCUGUGGGACAAGUUCAGCGAGCUGGCCACUAAGUGCAUUAUCAAGAUCGUGGAAUUUGCCAAACGCGUGCCUGGCUUCACAGCGCUGACCAUUGCCGACCAGAUCACUCUCCUGAAAGCUGCCUGUCUGGACAUUCUGAUCCUGCGCAUCUGUACGAGGUACACCCCUGACCAGGACACCAUGACCUUCUCCGACGGGCUGACCCUCAACCGGACGCAGAUGCACAACGCUGGCUUUGGGCCGCUCACCGACUUGGUGUUCACUUUUGCCAACCAGCUGCUGCCCAUCGAGAUGGACGACACGGAGACAGGCCUCCUCAGCGCCAUCUGUCUCAUCUCUGGAGACCGGCAGGACCUGGAGGAGCCCUCCAAGGUGGACCAGCUCCAGGAGCCGCUCCUAGAAGCCCUGAAGAUCUACGUGAGGAAGCGGCGGCCCAGCAAACCGCACAUGUUCCCCAAAACCCUGAUGAAGAUCACAGACCUGCGCAGCAUCAGCGCUAAAGGAGCAGAGCGGGUCAUCUCUCUGAAGAUGGAGAUCCCGGGUUCCAUGCCGCCGCUCAUCCAGGAGAUGCUGGAGAACUCGGAGGGCCAAGAUGGCCAGAGCAGCAGCAGCAGCAGCAGCAGCAGCACGUCGGCCGAGGCGGGGGCCAGCCCCAGCAGCAAAGGCAGCCCCAACGAGGACGCCGCAGAGUCGCCGGAGUCGGACGCCGAGGGGGCUACGGCCACGCCGCCCAGCGACGAGCCCUAGGAGGCUCUCUCUGACAUCUGACCCUCCAUAACCCCUCUACCGCCACUCCUUUGCUUGGUAUUCCGUUAUCUCUACAUCCUGGUCCUAUUUUUCUCCCCCAUGUCCCCUAAAGUUCCCCUUCCUUAAAAAGAAAACGUGAACACGGAGGCCUCAAAGGAUCAGUGCUUUGUGUAUAAUUCAGAAUUGAGCUCUUAAUUGGAAGGUGUCUCUGGGACAGGAAGGGCGUGGCCCUCGCAAGCCGCCAGAGAUGAUACCCCUCAGGUCUCCUGUGUAAAUUCUUAUCUGCAUGACGGGAGUUGGAGAAGUGGUUUUACUCCUCUUUCUAUGUCCUCAUCUCUUCUCAUUUCUCGUAUUGUUGGCAUACGUGCAUUGUACAUACCAUUGUAUGGUUAGAUCUCUGUUUCUAUGAUGAAUUUUGUGGUGCUUCUUCAUUGUCUUAAAUAUUAUCUUUGAGGCGAUACAUCAAGGUUUAAAGCGGGACUACUUGUAAGUCCUUCAAAAUGUUAUCUAGAAUGUUGUUGCAUAUAGACAUUACGGAAGUCUAAUAUUUUAUAUUUGCUCCUAUAUUUAAAAACGUUUUUUUUUCUCGGUUCAUGUCUCUACAUGAAUGAGUGUACAUCCACGCCGCCAGAAUGCAAAGCUUCUCUCCAUAUCAACAGCCGAGUCUGUUCCACGGUUUCCUCAAAGGAGAGAAGCACGACAGCCGAAGCCUUUGAUACACACUCAUCAGAUUGGCGUCGUCUGGUUAAGUCUCGGUCUCGACGUGAAUCACCGAGACCCGACGAAGGGGAUUAGAUUUCCAACGAGCCGGUCUAUGAAAUCAACUGAGUCAGUUUCCCUCACUGUCACGACCAAUGGGGACGAUGAGGCGGCUGAUAGAUGCCAGAGUGUUCUCCACAGCAGGCUGGGAUCACAUAGGACUCUUUUUGGAUCCAUUUCCCUGUUAUUAACCAUGAUUCAACUCAAACUGUGUUUCACUUUAUUACUAUCAUCUGGUCAGUUGAGAGGUUUAACGCGCCAAAAUCUGUUCCCCCACGGCAUCACGCUUAUAUUUAAGUGUCCAUUCUACGAGGAAGAUGUAGUCUACUUGGUAUUUCUUAAUCUCAUUUCCACCAACAAGAUUUUGUUGAGUGGGAUAGAAGGUCCCAUCGCCAGGGAAACUAAUGUAUGAGAGCAUACGUAGGAAGACAAAUGUUGGCACAGCAACAACUAAACUGAGAUGAAAAUAAAUCCUUGAAACGGACGUCAUGAAGCCACGUUCUCUCUUUCCUGACUGGCACGUUGCCCCCCGCCCCCCGUCUCAGCACUUAGCAGAGAGGAGAUGACAAACAUAUUCUUUGUAAAUCUUUAAAAUCAUUUACCAAAAGAACCAAGAAAGUCCGACUUGUUGCACGAUCCAAGUGUUUUUCAUUGAGUUCUUCAUUUUUAAAACGUGAUAUUUUUGAGUUUCCUGUAGUUUCCUGUAGCGAAGGGACGGUAACACACAGAGCGGACAUGUCAGGCUUUAUCCUAGUAAUGUACUUCCCUCGUUCUUGACUAGAAACAAGGAGUUAACCAGAUAACAAGAUAACCUAAACCCCUGGCGGUUAAGACGAAGGUAAACACCCAAAUUGUUGCUAAAUGCACAGGAAAACUGUCUACAUAACAUGUAGUUUCUUGUAUUUGAAGUGAUGUCCCCAAGUUCUGAGCUCUCAGCAGUUACUUUGACUACAAUGUUAUCAAAUUGAUAGAAAUCAUGGCCAAAACUACAAAAAAAAGACACAUAUUUGAAUUUUUCCAUGUUGCUAUAGGUCACAUGUAACACUCCUUGCACCCUUUAACUUCUUGUUUUCUAUGUGAACUAGCACGUGUUGUAUUUGAGCGUUGAAUCUGACCACAGAUGGCAGCUUUGGCCUUUUGGAAAGAUUGCCAAAAUGUCAACCUAAUGAGUGUGUAUCUGCGGCUAACAGCGUGUGCUACCGACCGGGCUCUACACACACACACACACACACACACACACACACAUGGGCUCUGUUAACGGCCUUAUGAGCAGAGCUCCUCAACCCGCUUUUCUUUCCCUUUUCAAGUGUCUUGUUAGAACCGGUGUAACACGGGGGGCAAUGCAAUCCUUAAGACACACUGAUGACCGGACCACGUGGGUCGGGACGAUUGUACACUACUGUAGAAAGCACACAGUGGGGGAGGGGGGGGCACCAGCCCUCGCCCAACGUUCACUUGACUUGACGGCGGAAGCAUUCAAUGCUGCAGAAGGAGUGUAACUUCACAUUAUGUGAUAAAAAGUCAAAAUGUAAUACAUUUUCACUUCAUUAUGUAAUAAAACAGCGUUUUUUCGCAUUCACAGGCACCAUGUUGCGUGUAAGUUAGGAUAUUACUAUGGAGACCAUGGAGAAAUUGGCUAUAUUUAUUAACUUUUGGUUUUUCUUCAAAUGCCUUUCAAAGCCAUUAGAGAAAAUACAUCAACGUUGGUUGGUUAUUAAAUCAUACGCCAUAUUCGUAUAUAUUCAUUGAAAAAAAUCUUUUACUUUUAAUUAUCUAAUAAUUUAUUACAAAAGGAGAUAUUUUUGAAAUAUUGCGUUCAGGAUUUUAAUUAAAAAAUGCGGAUGUCAUUGCAUAAUGAAGCAAACAUUUAUUACAUUUUAUUGCAUAAUGUGAUUCCUGAUGAUGAAGCUUCUCUUUGGACAGUAGGUCCAGCUGAGCUCUUCACCUGAUGGAAGCAGGCCGAGGCUCUUGACACAUGAUGGCCUGUGAACAAUAAGAAAUCAACUCCAUUAUAUCCUCUUAUUAGACCCAGAUCCUUCACUACCCAGCUGCCCCGGCGGGCCGAACCCGCUCCACUCACCAGUGCCGAUAGCAACGCCGUGACUUCAAUACCAAUUUUUAUGAAAUCCAUGUUAAAGCUCCUACUGCGUGAGUCUCUGUGUGUAAAGUAAAGCGUCGUAACGUCAGACAGCCAAUCACCAACAUUGAUAGAUCUCGGUAGAAGCAUGCUGCAUGCUGAUUGGCUCACUGACGCCGACGGGAUUUCCUCCUAGAUUUCGAUAAGGAGAAAGGUUUUGAACUCGGGACCCAGUUCUAACUCUGACCUGUGAAAUGUAGCAACAUGAAGGGUAACAGCAGACCCUCCACACCCAAGGAGUUAAGCACAAAAGAAAUCCACCACAGAGAUUAGUAAUCCACCACAGAGAUUAGUAAUCCACCACAGAGAUUAGUAAUCCACCACAGAGAUUAGUAAUCCACCACAGAGAUUAGUAAUCCCAAAAAGUUUUGGGAAUGCUGUCACCCGUACUGUACGUCGCGAGCUCUACUGAUGACUCCAUCUUAGUUCAAAAACUAUAUUAGCAGCUUUUAAUACUGGUCAGGGGUUAUAAGCAGAUAUUUGUGCCAGCAGGUAUUGAAUUUGGUUUAUCUGAAUUUGAAUGUUUUGUUAUUUCAAGGUGUAUAUUAAGUUUGGAAUUUGAUUAAAAAUGAAUGUGGAUGGACUUCUGGAUAUACAGGCAUGAAACCGAAUGGAUUAAAACCCAAGUUCAAAUCAUGCUACAGCGCAAAAAGCUUGGAGCAACCCCAUGGAUGAUAGAGUAGAGUAGAGAAUCCCCCCCCCCAUGUAGUCUAAUGACAGGGGUUCGAAUCCAACCUGUGGCCCUUUCUUGUCAGCCCCCACCUUUCUCCCUUUGCUGUCUUCAAGCUAUCCUGACCAUUAAAGGCCAUAAAAACCAAAAUUAUAAAUACAAAAACUAAUUUUACAGUUGAUUCUUCUCCUUGGAAACAGCAGCUGAUAAAUGAUUCAGUUUGAUGACACCAAGUCCCAGAUGUGAGUUCACAACCUGGCACAAAUAUCUUCUACCAGCGCAAAACCAUAGUGAAACUGCUGUGUUGACGUUGCGUAUUUGAUCUGAAACCGGGACAUGAGAAAGCCCUUCGGGGCAGCAAAGGCUUCUGGGUCUCAGCAGCACAUAGGAAAAACCCAUCUGCAUUCCAUCCCUGCUAAGAAAUACAUAUCAUAAGGGAAACCAGAGCUGGUUCAGUUUUUUUUUUUUUUUACGCGUUUGAAUGUGAAUAAUGUCACGGAGUCUGUCAGAAGAAUGAUAUGCAGUGUUAAGGAAUACUUCUAUCUCAAUGGAACAUAGGACAUGCUCUCCCUUGGUUCUCUCUUGCUCUCCUGGUGAGAGAUGAAGGGAGGCAUCUUGGUGUUUCUCUUUUUCUUUUUUUUUUUGUUUCGAGCUGGAAAACCUUCACAGCUGAAGAAUGUCCACAUCCACCCCUGCAGCGCCGGGACAGCCCUGAGGCGCCCGGCCGCAGCGGGGCCUUCUUAUCUGUUCCUCUAGGAAACAACCUCACAAUGCUGAAUUCCUCUUGUUCGUUUCUGUUGAAUGUUGUACCGACGUAACUGUAAUACUCUACUAUCUAGCUCACUGCAGAGAUGUUAUAUAAAUGGCGUGUGCUUUGCAUUCCGAUUGGCAGCUCUGUGGAAACGACGCUCAGUUAUUUGUCCUCUAGAACAUCAACUCACAUCCAAGUGCUGAAAAUAAGGAGGAGGAAACGGAACUUGGUGGACCGAUCCGGGCAUCCGGGUCGGAGUCCGCACAACACGCGCAGAUUUAUAAUUUGGGACGAGAAAGAGGAGACGUGGACCACCUCAGCACCCGAGGGCGUCUACAUGUUCUGUUCCUGUUCCGUGUCUAACAACAGAGCUGCUCCUCCUCAGCCAGGGAGCCAAUCAGCUGUCUUCAAUCAAUCAAACCCAAUCACUCGACAGCUGUUUGGUUAACAGGUUAAUGAACUAGGGUUGGACCGAUAUGGGGUUUGAAAAACUGAUUUUGGAUUUUGGUCUUUUAUUAGCCCAUGUCCCUCAAUCGGCUUUGUCUAUUAGGUUUUAGACAACCACGCUCUGCUGAAAAUAUCUUAAAGCUGCACUCAUCAGUAUUUUCAUAGGAACAAUGACGUAUGUACAGAGAAUUAUCAUCCAUCUCUGCAGUCCUGUGGAACAUUUCAGCCUCUUGGUCUGAGUUUAAAAGCCUGAAAUGUGACUUUUUUUGGUUCAUAAGCACUCUUAUCAACCUAGUUUCCGCCUGUAGACACUCGCUCUUUAGCUGUGUAAAAGCUCUGAACGAGCCACUGCACGGCAGACAAAGUUAACAAUAAGCUAACAAAGCUAGCCGCGCAGUCGCACCAUAGGUGUACAUUUCUCACAAUAAAACAUCCAAACUUAAGUGUUCUCCAUUUAAUUGGCUGACUUCAGUGAAUAAUAGUUAAUAUCGGACUUGAUUCCGAUGUAACCCAUUAGUUGAUACGGAGUUGAGCACGAGGCUGGCGGUUUUCCUUUAGCGUCGUAUUAAGGUGCGCUUGGGCGCCAUUUUAUGACGCUCUGGGUCUGGUCUAACUGGCAUGCGGCACAAAAAAAUGAAAAAGAGGGUGGGGUUACAAAAUGAAUAUUUCAUUGACACGCGCAACAUGACUGUCUAAACAACAAUUAAAACACAAAAAUAUAGCAACACAGGCAUAACAACGCAACAACAGCCCCACAUAUCGGUCUGACCCUACAUACAACACCUCACACAGGAGCCAUGAACCCCCAUAUCAGUCAUAGCAGCAGCUCUGUUGUUGUUGUCCGUCCUGGGGGGGGGGGGAGUUCGCCUGUUUCCCAUCCGUACCAGAGACCCCCACCACCAAUCACAUGCCUCCCAUGUGUUGUAUAGUGGUGUUAACAUGAGACAUGACGAUGGCGUCUUGCUGGGCACGGUGGUGGGAGGGGCAGGGGUUGUUGUGGAUCCCCCCGCCCCCCCCCCAUCAGCCCCUGGAAGACGACCUCAGGAGCUGCUCUGAAGUUUGAGCUUCAAAGCUGUUUCAGCUCUCCAUUUUAAAUAUUGUCUUUGUUUGUACAUUAACAUAUGCUUUUUAUGUUGAUAUACUGUUACACUUUACCAUGAACUGUCCUGGCAAAGUAAUAAAAUAUAUUUAUUUUAAA